AUGGCGUCCAAGUUAGAGGAAGAUCUGGACUGUCCGAUCUGCAAUGGCAUCUUCAAAGAUCCCGUCAUCCUGUCCUGCAGCCACAGCUUCUGUAGAGCGUGUGUGACGGACUGGUGGAAGGGGAAGAAGACCAAGGAGUGUCCUGUCUGUAAGAGGAGACAGUUAAAGCGUAGGCUACCUGCAAACAUUGCUUUAAAGAACCUGUGUGAGACUUUUCAACAGGAGAGAGACCAGAGAUCUUCAGAGGAUCUCUGCAGUCGGCAUCAGGAGAAGCUCAGACUCUUCUGUCUGGACCAUCGGGAGCCUGUGUGUGUCGUCUGCAGAGAUUCAGGAAAACACAACAAACACACAAUCAAGCCCAUCGAUGCAGCUGCUCGACAACACAAGGAGAAACUUGAGGAAAGUCUGCAGCCCUUUAAGCAGAGGUUAGAAGCUCUCAGAAGACUUCAAGUGAAGUUUGAUCAAGCAGAAGCUCACAUGGAGGUCCAGGCUCGACACACAGAGAGGCAGAUUAAGGAGCAGUUUCAGAAGCUUCAUCAGUUUCUAGCAGAGGAAGAGGAGGCCAGGCUGCGUGCACUGAGGGAGGAAGAGGAGCAGAAGAGACAGAGGAUGAAGGAGCAGAUGGAGGAUCUGAGAGCACAGAUAGCAGAUCUUUCACAGACAGUCAGAGCCACAGAGGACCAGCUGACGGCCCAAGACGUCUCCUUCCUGAAAAACUACAAGGCUGCAGUGGAAAGAGUCCAGCAGCGCCCCCUGCUGGAGGAUCCACAGCUGCCCUCAGGGGCUCUGAUAGACCAGGCCAAACACCUGGGCAACCUGGGCUUCAAGAUCUGGACCAAGAUGAAGGACCUGGUCUCCUACACGCCCGUCAUUCUAGACCCAAAUACCUCUGAUCCAGACCUCCUCCUGUCUGAUGAUCUGACCGCUGUGAGACAAGGAGAGAGACAGCAGCUUCCUGAUAAUCCAGAGAGGUUCGAUUCUUACUCCGCUGUCCUGGGCUCUGAGGGCUUUAACUCAGGGACUCACAGCUGGGACGUCCAGGUUGGAGACAGUAGCCACUGGUUUCUGGGUGUGUUUGCAGAGUCUGUCCCGAGGAAGGGAUACCAGCGGUCUGGACUAUGGUCAGUAGGGGUUUUAAACGGUAAAUACAGAGCAUUCUCACCAUCACAUAGAGUCAGAGUUCUCUCUGCAGAGAAUCCUCCAAAGAGGAUCAGAGUGAAUCUGGACUGGGACAAAGGAGAGCUGUCAUUCUCUGAUCCUGAUACUAACACACUCAUACACUCCUUCACACACACCUUCACUGACAGGAUGUUUCCUGUUUUAGGAACCGUGAAGAAUCACCCACUGAAGAUUUUAUCAGAGAAGGUCUCAGUGACUGUGGGACUAAACUAA